GGUCCAUCAGCCAUUGCCAGCUCAUCCAGCCCACAUCUAAGAAUCCAACAAUGUCAUCAAUAAAAACAGUCGGCGUUGUCGGAACAGGACUCAUCGGCGCCUCCUGGACUGCCCUUUUCCUGGCACAUGGCUACCGUGUGUUAGUCGCGGAUCCAGGCGAAGGCGCCGAGAAGAAGCUGAAGGCCAAUGUCCAAAGCUUCUGGCCUACUCUAGAGGAGCUGGGUCUCGCGGAAGGAGCGAGUAUCGACAACUACGAGUUCGUCGGGAGCUCGCUUGGAAAGCGAUCAGCUGAAGUAGACUUUGUGCAAGAGAGCGCUCCAGAACGGCCUGAUAUCAAGUCCAAGCUGCUGGCCGAGCUGGACAACGGAACACGUUCAGACGUGGUGAUAGCAUCGUCUUCGUCCGGCAUUCCGAGCUCGCAAUUCAUCGAUCAAUGCCAGCAUCCCGAACGAGUGCUUAUUGGCCAUCCGUUCAACCCACCGCAUCUGAUGCCCCUGGUGGAGAUCGUACCUCAUCCCAAGACGAGCCAGACGGCGAUUGAGACCGCGCGCACCUUUUACGCAUCGAUUGCUCGUCGCCCGAUUGUCGUGAAGCAAGAGAUACCGGGAUUCGUCGCUAACCGUCUUCAAGCUGCUCUGCUUAAUGAAGCGUACAGUCUCGUGAGUCGAGGGAUCCUCUCGGCGGAGGACUUGGACGCCGCUGUUACGACCUCGCUUGGUCCUCGCUGGGCCACCGUUGGGCCGUUCAUGGCGACUGCAAUGGGCGGCGGAGGCGGCUCCAAUGGAUUCCGCCAUCUGCUUGAGCAUCUGGGCCCAGCUGCUCAAAAGUGGGUAGACGAUAUGCGUGAACAUGCGUUUGAACUGACGACCGAGAACAUCGACUCGCUUACGAGAAGCGUCGACAAGGAGUUGCAGGGAAAGGAUCUCAAGGAGCUGGAAGCGGAGCGCGAUGCUAAGUUGGUGGAACUGUUCAAGCGGAAAGGGAAGCAGCAACGAAUGCGGUAA